GGCAUUGUGAUUAUUCCAACGAUUUUUCAAAAUGCAGGAUGGCUCAUUCCUGUCCUGGCGUUCAUCUUUAUAGGCGUUUUGGCUGGGUUUGCAUGUCUAUUUAUCAUAGAGGCAUGUUCGAUAUUUCCAGGAAACGACCGAUUUCAGAGAAAUAUUGAAUUCACUGUUUUGGUUCAUCAGUUUUACGGACGCAAUUGGUACUACGCCAUGAUUUUUAUUCUAUAUGGAUCACUACAGAGUACCAACAUUGCUUCUAUUAUUGGAUGUGCUCAGGUGUUUGAUAAUAUUUUUAUUCGAUUUUUUGGCAUAACAUGCGGGUAUGGAAUUACACCGCUCAAUGGAUUGAUCUGUGUUUAUUCUUCAGGAGUUGAAAACUCGCCAUUUGGUGAUAAUUACAUGCUCGGGACGUUUGGCUACAUUCUUACUGCCAUGUUUAUCAUUCCACUUACACGCAUUGAUCUAAACGAUAACGUUAUUCUGCAACUCAUUUCAUGCGUGUAUACUGUUUUGUUUUUAGGAACAUUGAUUAUCCAGAGCUCAUUGGAUGGACUUCAUAAAGAAAAUCUGCCCAUGAUUGGAUCAUCUCAAAGCGGUACAAUUGGAAGUGUGUUGUUUAAUUUUGCAAUGGCGAAUGAAAUCCCAUCUUGGGUAAAUAUAGCUCAUCCACGCGUUUCAAUCCACAAAAGUAUUUGGGUGUCUAUUAUACUUGCAUGCACUUUUUACAUUCUUGUUGGUAUAUUUGGCUCACUUGGAUUCCAUACAGAUGCAAACACAAAUUUGUUGCAAGCAAUGUACAAUGACUCUGCACUUUCGACAUCGAGCUUAGGAUGGUUGUUUUUCAUGUAUCUAUUUUUCCCAGUGAUGACCUAUGCCACGUCUAUUCCAGUCGCCAUGCUUGUUGUCAAGAUUAAUUUUCUUGCUGCGGGUCUUUGUUCGUCAGGGAUGGCAACAUUUUGGGCAGUAAUAGCUCCAUUUAUAAUUGGAAUCCCAUUUCAAACUGGAAGUUUGAUUGUGCCGUUUGGAAUCUGGACAAGCGUGACGUUUCAAGCCAUUUGCAACUUUUUUGUACCAUUUCUGAUAUUUAUGUUUAUGAACAAGAGAAACACAGUUAUGGCGCAGUCAGUAAUCGACGAGGUAAGCAUGUUGAUGAUGGAGUGUGGACAAUCUAGCUGA